AUAUAUUUGGGUUCAUUACCUGGUAGACUCAGCUCGGGUACAUUAGCGAUAACACUUUGUGAUGUAUUAAUGUUCGCUUGACAUAAACCUACAUUCUCCAACAAGCACCAUGUGGGCUUCGGUGUAUAGAACAACCAUAAUCGUACUCUCUGUGGCUGUGUGUAGUCGUGGAGCACCAACAGUACUUACUAAACUGGGAGAAAUCGAAGGCAUUGUAGAAAAUGAAGUGCAUCAAUUCAGAAACAUUCCUUACGCAAAACCGCCUGUAGGAAAUCUUCGAUUUUCCAAACCACAAGCACACGGACCAUGGAAUGGAGUUUUGGAUGGCACCCAGUUUGGACCAUCGUGUUUGCAGGAAGGUCCACCAGAGUAUGAGAGGAUGUUGCCACACCAGCGCCAAUCCGAGGAUUGUUUAUCUCUUAAUGUGUACGUGCCUGGGCAUCCCUCUACGAUGUCCAACAAGUCGGUCAUGGUCUGGAUCCAUGGCGGGGCGUACUUGUUCGGACAAGCAAUGUAUUUCGAUGCAUCACACCUUGCACUUAAUGGGGACGUGGUAGUUGUGACCUUGAACUACCGUCUUGGAGUUUUCGGAUUUCUGACAUCUUUGGAUGGUAGAGUUCCUGGGAAUAAUGGAAUCUGGGAUCAACAGCUCGCAUUAGAAUGGAUUCAUGAACAUAUAACUUCUUUCGGGGGAAAUCCCAGAUCUGUGACGCUAUUUGGAGAAUCUGCAGGAGGCUUCAGCGUCACCCUUCACGCACUGAAUCCAAUGAACAUAGGACUUUUUCAUCGAGUGAUUGCUCAAAGUGGAGUUCCUACUUCUACACUUACAUUAUGUCCUUCUUCCAAAACGAUUUCCUCUGCUGUCGGAAUUUCUUUAAAUUGUACAGUUGACACUUUCGGAGAGGUUUUUAUUUCCUGUUUGCGUCAAAUAUCCGCAGAACGUCUUCUCUCUGCACAGCAAGAAAUAAUACUGAUUCCUGAUCCAUCAAUGAAAGUAGAACUUCGAAUAGGUCCUGUGGUUGACGGUUUAUUGAUUCCUGAUGUUCCUUCAAAUUUAAUGACCAACUUGUCUUCACCGUCAUAUAAAUUCUUCCGGACAUUGGAUUUUAUAACGGGUAUUACUAAUCAAGAUGGUUCAAUCGUCAGUAAGAGUUUAAAUACUAUUGCUAAAUUUGCUAAUUUCGAUAUCAACCUCGGUGUUCCUUCCAAUGUAUUCUUCGGAAUGCUUUUCCCUUCCUUGGUCUCUGCAUUUUACGGUGAUUCGGUGAAUUUUACGUUGUCAAAGGGUUAUGUUUGUCCUCUUUAUGCAAGUUCUGACCUUACUGAACAAGCAAUCAAGGUUGUAGACGCCUUUACUGACGCUAUAUUCGUGGUACCGUCGAUCAGAAUACUUAACUUCCAUUCUAAUGGUAACCCAGAGAGUAAGACUUACCAAUACCUGUUUGAGAGACCUCACCUGGACACCCAUGAACACAAGCUUCUUCCUCUGUGGAUCAAAGGCUCUUCUCAUACAUCGGAACUUCUCUUUCUUUUCGGAAUUCAGGAUUUCUUUCGAAAGUACAACAUUACAGUGGAUCCUAAUGAUUUAGUGUUGUCACAACAAAUGAUGAAAUAUUGGAGUAAUUUUGCUAAAAAUGGAGAUCCGAAUUCUGCCGAUUUACCACUAUGGAAAGCCUACGACAGUGACGAGAGAUCCUUCAUUAGUUUGGAUACCGAGAUCACCUUGAGGACUCGUCUAUAUGCUGACCGUGUGACCAUGUGGGAAGAAACAUUGCCAAAUAUGUUACAAACCUCCUCGCGCUACACUUAAACAGCUAAUUCGAUCAGAGAAUUCCAAUCAAUGUACAUCACGUAUAUUAUGUUUUCAAGGACAAAAGACAUACAAUGAUUUUUUUUUUUUAUACCUAAUGCUUCUUCAUAAGUAGAUUUCUUUUAUCCAAUCACUAUUUUUGGAGAGAACAGGGAAUACUUCUUUGGUUUGUUCCAUUUGUUCGUCUAUCAGCUUGGUUUCCGUGCAAUAACUCCCCUUAAAAAGUAAGAUUUUAUUCAAAUUUAUACUGUAUUUUCACAUUGGCAAAUGUUAGGAAAAUUGUGAUUGCCAAAUGGAAGGAAGCAUAUAUUUACGUAUAAGAAUAUAAGGUUUUUACUUCAAGAGGGUUUAUUGGUUUCCUUAAAUUUACUAAAUGUUUCGAGUUCAAUACAAAAAAUAUGUCAAGUUAGUGUCAUUUUGUACCUUUGGCUGACUAUUUUAUAUCUAAUUAUGAAUACUCCUUGUAUGCAUACAGAUUCAAGUCCACACCAUCAUAAAGCAUUAUUAAUCAUGUUCCUGAACUCGGCUGUCGCUGUUCAGUUCACAUUAUUUUCUGCAGACCCGCUGUCGCCCAUCCGCCUUGGCCCCUUUUGCAUGACGUCAAGGCAUGCGAGUCGAGCCACCUUGUAUCGCCAUUGAAGAAUUGGGAACUUUAAAGGACACCGAUAUAUCUAUACAUUUUGGCUGUGCGUACCGACAGUGUUCCUUGUGGUGCUUGCAGGAUUUGUCUAUCUGUUCCUCAUGUGUGACAAAACAAUGUAUUGGUCUUGGGCCGAUGUUAUCACCAAUUGAUUGCGUUGGUUGCCCAAACAAUUCCAGAACAGAUACAGUCUUAUAGGUCUUAAAUGUUGGAAAGCCGCCUGUCGA